AUGAACAUGAAAUCUUCUAGCGACGAUUCUUCUUCUUCUCCCUCUUACCCUCCUCCUCCUCUCACUUCAUCACCUCUCUACAUCGCGAGAAAAGCCAAAGAGAUUCUCGCAAGCCGUGACGUCACAGAACUCACCAACCUCGUCACGAAUCUCUGUUACGAAAAAGAAAACGACGAAUCUUCGAAGCUUCUCUACAAAUGCUUCACCAAACAUUUCCCCAAUCUCUUAGCCACAAAACUCCUCCAAGUCUACAGAUUCACGACUUCUCCGAGACCCAAGAUUCGAUCUUUUUCCCUCUCCCUCCUCGACUCGCUUCUCAUCGAUCUCGAAGAAUCACGCGUAGGUUUGAACACAAAGGCAUUGGGAGAUAUCAAAGAACAUCUAAACGCUUGCCUUGUCUCGCAAGAAACCUCUGAAGACGACUUCAAACUCCUCUCAAGAAUCAUUUCUCGUGUAGCUGUUGAUUCCUUCAUCGAAAACAUCCCUUGGCACGAGCUCUCUUCUUACAUCAUCUCCUUACACGAAGAAGACGACCACAAGAAAACUCUCUUGAUCUUCAGCGAGUUGCCAAUGGUUCUUGACGAAGACUUCUUGAUGCCGUUAUUGGAGAAUGAUCUUCACGUAAAGAUAUUAAAAGGGUUGUUGGAUCCAAGCUCUGACGAAGAAUGGUGUUUAGCUUUAGAAGCUGGUUUCAACAUGGCGCUUCAGCUUAUAAGUUUGCAGAGGAAAGAUUUGGUUUUUGAUAUGGUUUACGCGAUUGUGAAAUCGGUUUUGGAGAUGGCGAAUGUGAGGAAGAGAAAGAUUCUUGUGCGUAAAGGGCUUAUGAGGAUAGUGAGGAAAGUGCGUAGAGAAGCUUUGAGGUUUCGUGAGGCAGAGUAUGAAGUUGUGUCACGUUUUGCUUUGAUGAUGAUGAGAAUCGAUGGAGUUGGGAAAGUGACGGAAAUGGCUGCAAAAAUGAUUCAUCAUGUUCUUGACAGGUAUUACAUGGGAGGUGGUGGAUUGGAUUGGGGUUUUAUCCAAACCCAAACUGGUUUCAACUUUGCUUAA